CGUCAUCCAUUUUCCUCGUUCUUCCCAAACGUCGACCGGACAGAGCAAAAGACUGUCCCACAUGUCGUUCUGAUAAAAGUGAUUCUUUUCACCGUUUUUGUUCGCUAGUUCCAGCCCAGAGUGAAGUGAAACGAUUUCCAGGAUGGCCAAGUUUGAUUUGACGGCAAAAAAUUGCCAGUACCUCGACCGGCAUCUGACUUUUCCGCUGCUCGAAUUUCUGCUGCAGAAGGACAUCUAUGACCAAACAUCGCUGCUGAAGUUCAUCUUGCAAACGGUUAGCAAGACGAACAUGGUUGAUUACACCAUGGAUAUCCGUGAGCGUCUAAACAUGGGCGAUGAGCUGCCGGAGGAAUUGUCCAAGCGGAGAGCCAAUGUGUUGGUCAAGUUGAAGGAACUGCAGACGGAAGUGGCUCCGCUGAUGAAGUGUAUGGAGGAGCUCAAGAAUCCGGACUCGAUGAAGGAUUCGAAAUCGAUUGUGCAUGCAUUGCAGCAGGAGUUCGAUUUCAAACAUGACAUUAUCAAGAGCGCUCAGAAACUGGCCAAGUAUUUGUAUGAGUGCGGAAACUAUCGGGAUUCCAUUUCCUACUUAUACAUAUGUUUGCUGGUUAUGGAGCCGGCCGAUAAGAACUAUUUGACCGUUCUGUGGGGAAAGCUGGCCGCGGAAAUCCUCGUAUUGAACUGGCCGACUGCUCUGGAAGAUUUGACCCGUUUGCGUGAUUUCAUCGAUAAUCACAACUUCUCGCCCAUUGAAGUGCUACAGCAGCGCACUUGGCUGAUUCACUGGAGUGUCCUGGUGUUCUUCAACCAUGCUAAGGGACGUGAUUUGAUUAUCGAGAUGUUCCUGUACAAACCCCUGUAUCUGAAUGCGAUUCAGACAAUGUGUCCGCACAUUCUGCGCUAUUUGGCCACUGCUGUCAUCAUCAACCGUGGCAGACGAAACGCCCUGAAGGAUUUGAUUAAAAUCAUCCAACAGGAAUCAUACACCUAUCGUGACCCGAUCACCGAGUUUUUGGAACACUUAUACGUGAACUUUGAUUUCGAGGGCGCCCGAAUGAAGCUGCAUGAGUGUCAAACGGUGAUUGUCAACGAUUUCUUCAUCAUCGGUUGCCUGCAAGAAUUCAUCGAAAAUGCUCGUCUGAUGAUCUUCGAGACAUUCUGCCGUAUCCAUCAGUGUAUCACGAUUGGUAUGUUGGCCGAUAAGCUGAACAUGGAACCGGACGAAGCUGAAUGCUGGAUCGUCAACUUAAUCCGUAAUGCUCGGCUGGAUGCCAAGAUCGAUUCCAAGCUGGGACAUGUCGUAAUGGGAACGCAACCUCUCUCUCCGUAUCAACAGUUGGUGGAAAAGAUUGAUUCACUUUCGGUUCGCUCCGAAGCGCUCACCGUUUUGGUUGAGCGUAAGCAGAAGGCUAAGACACAAGAAUCUGGUGAAGGAAAUUGGAAGUAUUAUUAAGCCGACCAAAAAAAGAUAACAAUUGAAAGUGAAAUAUUUGAUUGAUAACCACCAGAAACGCAGAGUAUAACUGCGAGAGAAGAGUAACGCGUUCCACAUUUACAACAUCUAAAAUAAAACAAUUGCCAGCCGCAGUUCAGGUAGAAUGAUACAAAUAACAGCUAAAAACUAUUAUAAAACACGGAGAAAACAUGAAAAUAAACUGAUGAAAGGCA